AUGGCUCGGGAUCUGGCGCGCUACGAGGUAGACAUCCCUGCACUCAGUGACAUUCGGUUCUCCGAACAAUGCCAACUGGAGGAGGUGUGUUCCGGUCACCCCAGGGCAGAGCGACGGGAUGCGGGCGUUGCCUUUACCGCCUGGAACGAUAUCGUGGGAAGACUGCCCCGUCUGCUACACGGUAUCAACGAUCACUUGCCUCUACAGGGAAUAAAAUCCGCCAUCAUCGUCAGCGUCUACGCCCCCACCCCCCACCCCCGAUGAGCAGCCCUCAUACUGCAAAAAACAAAUUCUACGAGGGUCUGCACGCCCGCCUGACGACAGCGGCGAAGGUCGAUAGAUUAGUUGGCCUUAGCGACUUUAACGCUCGCGUCAGUACAGACCAUGCUGUCUGGAGAGGAGUUCUGGGUCCCCAUGGUCUCCAUGGUUUUAACGACAAUGGCCUGCUCCUCCUACGAACCUGUGCAGAACACCGGUUCAUCCUAACCAACACCUUCUUCCGUCUUCCGAUACGAGAGAAGGCCACCUGGAUGCACUCUCAGUCACAACAAUGGCACUUGCUGGACUAUGUCCUCGUCCGGAGGCGAGACCAGCGGGACGUGCUGCUGACAAAGGCGAUCCCGGCUGCCGACUGGGGGACCGAUCAUUUCAUCUCGUCAUCUCGGAGAUGCGGAUUCGUCGACAACCUCGCAGGAGACCUCAAGUUAAGCGACCCCCAAGCAAGCUGAAUACUUAUUUGUUGUUUUUGACUGCUAGCCAUCUUCAUUUCAGCAACGAGCUAGCUCGACAGCUAGCUAACCUACCAGUCGCCGUCCGCCGCCAUCGAGGAGAACGCCUCCGUGGAGAGCCGAAUGUGUCGACUGCGGAACACAGUCCAGUCGACGGCCCCGGCUGUCCUCGGUCGCACACGUCGUCAACAUCAGGACUGAUUUGAUGACGACGACGCCGCCAUCAGCAACCUGCUCGUCGAGAAGAACCGUCUUCACAAAGCCCACCGACGACAAUAAAGCAGCCUUAUAUUGUAGUAGCAGCCUUGUGCAACAGCGGCUGCAGGAGAUGCAGGACGGUGGGACGGCUCGAAAAGUCGAUGAGAUUCGAUGGUACGCGAACCGGAACGAACGGAAGAAUAUCUUCUCCGCGAUCACGGCUGUUUACAGCCCCACAACCAAAGCAGCUGCACCUUUUCUCAGCGACGAAGGAAGUACCCUGAUCACCGGGAAGACACACAUCCUACAGCGUUGAGCCGAGAACUUCACAGGUAUCGCCAAACGUGCCUCCAUCCUCUCCGACGCCGCCAUCGCCCGUGUGCCUCAGGUGGAGACCAACUCCGACCUCGAUCUCCCGCCCUGUCUCCGCGAAGCCAUCAUGGCAAUGUAGCAACUCUCCGGCAGGAGGGCGCCCCGAUCAGAAGAGAUCCAUGUUGAAAUCGACAAGCACGGUGUCCCAAAUCGUGGAUCAUGUGACGGCGCUCUUCCAGGAGAUAUGGCUUCAAGAAAGAGUCCCGCAGGAUUUCAAGGACGCCACAAUCGUGCACUUCUACAAGCGGAAAGGGAACCGCCAAAUCUGCGGUAACCAUCGAGGCAUUUCCGUAGUGAACAUCGCCGGGAAAAUUUUAGCUCGCAUCCUUCUCCACCGGCCUGGGCAAUUAUCUGGAACAAGGUCUCCUGCCGGAAAGGCAGUGCGGCCUCCGCCGUCAUCGUAGGACCGCCGACACGAUCUUCGUCGUCCGCCAACUGCUGGAAAAGUGCCAGGAGAUGCGCAUCAACUCCUAUUCUACCUUCGUGGAUCUGAUGAAAGCUUUCGACAUGUUGAAUCGCGAAGAACUGUGGAAAAUCAUGCAGAAAUUCGGCUGUCCGGGACAAUUCACUCAUGUGGCGCGUCAGCUCCACGAUGGCAUGAUGGCGCGAGUCACAGUCAAUGGAACUGUCUCAGAGGCAUUAGCAUUGACCAACGGAGUGAAGCAGGGUUGCGUCCUCGCUCCUAUCCUCUUCAGUCUCGUGCACCCUGUCAUGCAAAUGGACGCCUACUGUGACGAACGCCUCGUGAUCCGCGUGACCUACAGGAUAGACGACCGCCUCCUGAAUCGGUGGCGGAUGCACUUCCAGUCGCUUGUAUCCACAACCACCGUCCACGAACUUCUGUUCGCCAAUGACUACGCCCUCAAUUCAACUAAUGAAGGCGACAUGCAAAGAAGCAUGGACCUAUUCGCGCCGCCUGCUACAACUUCGUCUGGUCAUCAACACGGAGAAGACGGUGGUCAUCUAUCAACCGCCACCCGACGCUGCCUACGUUGCGCCGUAAAUCAGCGUGAACUGCACUCAACUGCAUGUGGUAGACAACUUCACGUAUCUGGACAACAUCCUCACCCUAACCACAAGACCGAUGAUUAAGUGUUCCGUCGGAUUUCCACGGCCAGUCAAGCGUUCGGUUGUCUAAAAAACACAGUUUGGAAUCGUCAUGGUCUUCAAUUCAGCACGAAACUGAGGAGGUACAGAUCCGUCAUCCUACCGACGUUGCUGUAUGAAGCAGAGAUCGGGACGGUGUACAUGCAACAGGCACGCAAACUCAACCUCUCCCACCACAGCUGUUUUCGUCGAAUACUGAAGCUGAGGUAGCAGGACCGGAUCCCAGACACGAACGUACUGAAGCGGACGGGAAUCCUCAGCAUCUACGCUAUGCUGGGACAAUUAUUACUACGCUGGAGCGCCACCUCGUACGGAUGGACGACGAGAGAGUACCCAAACGACACUCCAAUGGAGAUGUCGUGACAGGUUCACGCCGAAAAGAAGGUCAAGUCAGGCGUUACAAAGAUACUCUAAAGACCCCCCUGAAGUGCCUACAGAUUAACCCGGCAAACUGGGAAGACCUCGUCCGAGACCGACCUACGUGGAGGAGAACAGUAAAGGCGGGCGCGGCAAUCUUCGAAGACAACCGCACCGCCGCCACCAACGCCAAACGCGAGACACGCAAAUCUCAACUGCCGCCGCUGCCUCCGCCGCCACCUCACAACGUCAACGCCCAACCGCCUCCAACGUGUCCACGAUGUCAACGGACGUUCCGGGCGCCGACUGUAGUUGUUGGACACCUCCGGACCAACUGUAUCACUCGGACUGCACCAACCAUCUUAUCUCCACCCACAUCCCCGUCGCCUCCAACGUCGUCAACAAACGUUGAUCGCCCUCCCCGACCACCAUUACCACCCUCCUCCUCCUCCUCCCCCUCCUCCUCCUCCUCCUCCUCCUCCUCCUCCAAGGCCUCAAGGUCUGCCUCUGUGGCGUCUGCCAGACCCAUCAACACUGCGCACAAUCCUGACACACCAAAAUACACUGUCACCGCCUCCCUCAACACCAGUGAUAUGGAACUAAUCUAUGUCUGUCCUCAUUGCAAUAGCACCUUCGCCUCACACAUCGGUCUCGUCGGUCAUUUGCAAAUCCAUCGCACAGCGACUGGCGAACCAGUGCCUAGAGCACCAACCUACAUCCGCCGCAUCCGCCUCCACUGUCCACAUUGCACUCACACAUUUUUUCACUGCAGGGUCUAUUAG